AUGAGAGCAACUCAAGAUAAAUACGAACACGUCAGAGGUGAAUAAGCAUAAGCUCCAAUCAACGAAAUUAGAGUCGCUGCCAAAGGACUUGAUGGCUCAUACAUCAAAAGAGCUAUUGAAUUGUUGGUUGGCACAUAAGAGAUCCCAAAAUAAGACUCUGUUGUGAUUAAAGGAAUUGAUAAUGCCAUUCCUAAGGUAUUGGUUAUUAGUGAAAUUGUAAGAAGAAGAGUAGCUGGAUUAUCACAAAUUAAUUAAAUUGGAAAUACUUAAAUUGUGGACAAAUAUGUACCAACUGAAGAAGGAUUAGUUGAAGUCAAUAUUACUAAAUAAUUGUCUAUUUUGACCGUUAAAUUGACCACAAAGCCAACUGAAGAAGAAAAAAAGUCUGUUGGAUAUUAAGAACCACUCCCUGAAUCUGAAGUUGUUCCAUAAAAAUAAAGAUAAUAAGGAGAAAAAAGAGAAAGAAACACAAGAUAAAAUAGAGGUGCUCCAAGAGGUGAAAACAGAGGUCAAGAUAGAAGAGAUAAUAGAGACAAUAGAGAUAACAGAGACAACAGAGAUAACAGAGACAACAGAGACAGAAGAGAUAACAGAGACAACAGAGACAAUAGAGAAAAUAGAGAAAGAAGAGACAAUAGAGACAAUAGAGACAAUAGAGAUAACAGAGACAACAGAGAUAGAAGAGACAAUAGAGAAAACAGAGACAACAGAGAACAAAGAGACAAUAGAGAAAACAGAGAUAACAGAGAACACAGAGACAACAGAGAUAACAGAGAUAAUAGAGACAGAAGGGAUAACAGAGAUAACAGAGACAACAAUAGAUAAAACAAUACAAGAAAUACCAAUGCAAGAGAAUAAGAAAAGAAAUAAUGAGAUAUAAAAAAUCUGUUUAAGAAAUACAAUAAAAUUUUAAAAUAUUCCCAAAUUUA